UCAAUCUCCUGUUGUGGUUUGUUGUUUAAGAAAAGCAAAAACACAGUCUCACUUUACGAAUUUCUCACCCACUAUUAAGCUAUCAUCCUGAAACGAAGGGCUAAGGUUAAUUUUGCUUUGAGAGUCAAAAAUUAGAGAAGGAGACCUCUGCUGCGAAGUUUUACUUUGAACGGAAGGUUAAUUGAAGCUGAACUGAUUCGUUGAUGAAGGACUAGGGAUAAAUUAGUAAGCUGAUUCUAUAUUUUAAGCUUCACAAUGCAAAAAGCCAGAUUUCAUGGUCAGCACUUUGGGAUCUUUGAGAAAAGCUUGCGAACUGACGAUUCCACGAAAAACACUACAACAGAACAGAGAACCCCUCGCAUAAACGAGACAGAAGAUAUGGAGGAACACCUUGGAAAGAAAACACAACAACACAAUAUGGCGAAUACAGUCGAAGGAAAGCGGAGACAGAGCGUAUUUUACACGCACGAAAUCAAGAAAAUAAUGGACGAAAUUUUGAAGGAGAAACUAUCCACUCAAUUAUAUGACGCCAAUACCUGUAGGGUUCUCUGCAUUAGUUUGUCAGAGGAUAUUAAAAGCCGAGUAAAGAAUCUAGGAAUGGAGAGAUUCCGUUUGAUAUGUAGCGUCAGUAUAGGAUCGAACUGUGGCCAAGGUAUUUUGAUGGCUAGUCGGUUUCUUUGGAAUGACUUCAGAGAUAAUUUUUCGACUUCUUCUUUUCAAAAUGCGUCUUUAUUUGCUGUAGCUAUCGUUUUCGGAGUUCUAAAAGAGUGAAGUGACAUUUGGAGCGAUGAAGAACACUGUAGAAGUCAGGCUGAAUGGAUUAAAGCUUUAAACAGCAAGUGAUGAUCAUGACUCUAUGUAACCGUACCGAAGUCUCAAGCCAAAUGAAAUAGAUAGAUGGCAAAUUUUCUUCUAUGAUUUUACCCUUUUAAAGGUUAUCUCCAUGCUGGGUCGUAAAAAAAUAUCAAAAUUAUCAUAUUAAAAUCGGUGAAAAUGAUAAAACAUCCCUUGCAAUCAAGUUUCGGUGAACGAAGCCGUAAAUUUAAAUAACAAAGAUAGUUUUGAAUUUCAUGACUGAACUGUUCUUUUUAAUGA